GCAUAGUGGGCGGGAAAGAAGGGGGGUGGAGAAGAUGGAAUUGUACCGACAGUGGCUGUGGAGUCCCCUAAUUGCCCUCCGUCCAUCACCAAGAGAUAUUUAAUUUAUGAGAAGACUCUCAGACCAAGUCUGGACAUCAGAAAUCGAGACUCAAAGGAGGGGAAAACAUGGCCCAAUGUAGCGUUUCGAGAUAAGUGGUCCCCAGCCCCGAGCCCUCCAGGAGAGGGGAUAUCGGGAAAGAUUCACCCCAAGUCCCACAGAUUUAUUUGAGAGUCGGAUCCCAGCAGAACCCGAGGGAAGGAGACCAGUCAGCAGGCAAAAGGGGAAUCCCUGGGAGAGUCUGGCUGUCCGGUGGGUUAAGAUCCUGAGUAAAUUAAUUGGGAUCUGGGAUGGAUGAGAAUCGAGAAUACGUGUGUAGCUGUUCUGGGUAGAUGGGCGGAGUGAGAUUGAGGUGUCCCAGGGAGUUGUACAUCUCCCGUUAGAUCAAGUCGCAGAGAAGCGAGUCUGGGGAACUGGGGGAGGUUAGAGGGGGUGUGCUUAGGGGCGGGGCGGCCGUCUCGGUCCCCCUUAGUGGAGCCCCGCGGCCUGGGAGCUGGAGCCCGGGCUUAGCUUCUGCUACUGCCGCCGGGGCCGGAGCUGUCCCCCGCCCCAGCCAGACCAAGUGAGAGCCGCCGGAGGAAGGGAAGCGGUGCGCCCCGGCCCCGCCUGGACUCAGCCGCGAGUUGGGGCCCGGUGCCCCGAGCCAUGGAGCCCGAGCCAGUAGAAGAUUGUGUACAGAGCACUCUGGCUGCACUGUAUCCACCUUUUGAGGCAACUGCACCCACGCUGCUGGGCCAGGUGUUCCAGGUGGUAGAGCGUACCUACCGAGAAGAUGCUUUGCGCUAUGCCUUGGAUUUCUUGGUGCCCGCUAAACAUCUUCUUGCCCGAAUCCAACAGGAGGCCUGUGCCCAGUACAGCGGCUUCCUCUUUCUUCACGAGGGCUGGCCACUCUGUCUGCAUGAGCAGGUGGUGGUACAGCUGGCUGCUCUGCCCUGGCAGCUGCUUCGACCCGGAGACUUCUACCUGCAAGUCGUGCCCUCGGUGGCACGAGCCCCUCACCUGGCACUCAAGUGCUUAGCCCCAGGGGGUGGACGGGUGCAGGAACUUCCAGUCCCUGCAGAAGCCUGUGCCUACCUUUUCACCCCCGAGUGGCUGCAAGGUAUCAACAAAGACCGCCCUGCUGGGCGCCUCACCACGUGCCUCCUGGCAUCACCCACAGGGGUCCAGCGGCUGCCUUGGGCUGAGCUCAUCUGCCCGCGCUUUGUGCACAAAGGCAGCCUCAUGGUAGGACAGCGCCCGGUCUCUCUGCCCCCAGAGAUUCCCCCAGCACCCCCGGGGCUCUCCAGCCCCCCUCCGCCCGAGGAGGCCCUGGGCACUCGAAGCCCCGGGGAUGGGCACAAUGCCCCUGCAGAAGCCCCCGAGGGCGAGUAUGUGGAGCUGUUAGAAGUGACCCUGCCAUCCCGAGGGUGUCCAGGGGAUGCAACAAGCUCCCCUGGCCUCUCCAGGACUCAAACUGUACCUGCCAGGAAAGGCGCAGGCGGGAAGGGACGGCACAGACGACACCGAGCGUGGCUGCACCAGAAGGGGACAGUGCCCCGGGGUCAAGAUGGAGCUCGGCCCCCGGGAGAAGGGAGCAGCACCGGAGUCAAUACUGGCUCUCCCCCUCGAGCCGAAUCCCCUCAAGAAGAAGGAACGCUUGAUGCUCCCGAACUCCCCGCUGAGGCACUGGGAGGGGAGGCUGAUCCUUUCCCUCUGAGACCAAAUGAGGGUGGGGAUGGGCCAGGCCAGGGGGAUGAGGGACUAGCUGGGACACCCCGGAAAGUAGGCAAAGGAAACAGAAGGAAGAAGCGCGGGGGAGGCAGAGGAACUGCUGGGCAGGGGGCAGAAAGUGUACCGUCAAGCCCCAGGACCAAAGAAAAGAUAGAUCAUCUGGAGGCCCAGAUGAUCACCCCAAAUGAGAUGGUGCUCUCGGGAGUCAGCCUGGUACAAGAAGAAGACCCUGAAUGUGCAGAAAAGACUAAGUUAGAACCAGACCCUGAACCGGAGGAAGUAAAGGAAAAAGAGCUCAUUGCCUCUUCUGCUGGUGAUUCUGCAGAAGAGGGGAGAGGGGAAGCAGAGCCCACCCCACAGAGCAUGGCUGCUGCAGAAGGAUCCCCCCACCCAGAGGAGCCCCCAUCUAGUCCCCUCAUGCCGCCGUCUCAGGCUGGGAAGGACAAGGAAGGCAGGAGCCCCGAAGGGAAUGUCCCGACUUUGGCUGGUGAUGACUCCAGUAUGACAUGGGACUUGAUGGCAUCUGGAUUUUUCAUGCUGACUGGUGGGGUGGACCAGAGUGGCCGGGCCCUGUUGACCAUCACUCCACCAUGCCCUCCGAUUGAGCCUCCACCCACACAAGCAGAGAUGAGCAUCGUUCUUUGUUACCUCUAUUCGCUGCUCAGGUCUGAUCUGAAGACAUUGGGGUUUUCUGUCCUUCUGGACCUUCGGUGUGCUCCCUUGCUUCCACCGGGGCUCAUGCCUGUUCUCAGUGACCUUCAGGAUUCCAAAAAGCAUCCUGUGAUACAGCGAUUGAUGAUUCUAACUCAGAAUGAGCCCCCCACUGAGCUCAAUGAUCUUCAGGGUGCUGAGUUUCUGUCAGAGAGUGACCUACUAACUGUGGCCAAGCCUGAAGAGCUACAGAAAGAUCUAGGAGGUCACAGGGAUGAUCCUUCUCCACAGCGCUGGACAGAAACACAUCGGGAAGUAGCAAGACUAUGCCAAUUGUGCCACGAUGUGCUUCGCUCCGUUCGGGAGGCCAUUGAGGAGCUCGAAGGGGCCGUGGAGCCUGAGGGAGAGGUGAAAGUGGGAAGCCCGGAGCCCCUGCUGAAGGUGCUGGCAGAUCCCCGGCUGGCAGAACUGCAGCGGGAUGGAGGAGCCAUUCUCAUGAGGCUGCGCAUGGCCCACAGCAGCAGGUUGGAGGGCCCAGGCCCUGCCAUUCUGUACCAGGAAGUGGAUGAAGCCAUUCACCAGCUUGUGCGUCUGUCCAACCUUUACCUGCAGCGACAGGAGGAUCAGCGACGUCAGCACAGGCUCCUCCAGGUGUUACAGUGGCUUUCUGGUCCAGGAGAAGAGCAGCUGGUGAGCUUUACUGAGCUUGGAGAUUCCCUCCCUGCCCUACAGGAGUCAGAGAUGCGUUUCCAAGCCUUCAGUUCUGAAGCCCAGGAGCAUCUGGCCCAGGCUCGGGAGGCCCUGACCCAGGAGGAGGACGCUACCACCCAGCAGCCCCUGGAUGACUUUGAGCAGCGAUUGGAACAAGUAGAAAGUAGCCUCCAUCGGGCCCUCCGGCUACACCGUUUCUUUCAACAGGCCCACGAAUGGGUGGAUGAAGGAACAGCAAAAUUAGCAGGAGCAGGACCAGGUCAGGAGGCUGUAUUAGCGGCCCUGGCCCCAGUGCCCAGUGCUGGCACCUUCCAAGAAAUGAGGGCUCUGGCCCUGGAAUUGGGCAGCCCAGCAGCACUCCGAGAAUGGGCCCGCUGCCAUGCCCGAUGUCUGGAGCUAGAACGGAAGGUUCAGGAGUUUCUGGGGGAUGAAACAAGUCCACAAGGCCGCUGCCGGCGUCGGGCAGACAGUGCCAGCAGUGGCAAAAGCAAACAGGACCCGCUCAGCCCCUCUCGAAGCCUCAGCUUAUUGCUCCUCCCCAAUAGCCCUGGCCCCCGAUCAGCUCCUUCCCACUCUUCCCUGGCACCCUGUGGGGAAGACAGUGAGGAAGAAAUGGCAGAACUUGCUCCUGAGGCUCCAGGCAAGCCCCGGCCUGGGACCACGCGAGCUGUCCUGAUCCGGGGCCUAGAGGUCAGCAGCACUGAGGUGGUGGACAGGACCUGCUCGCCCAGGGAACAUGUCCUGCUGGGUCGAGCUGGAGUCCCCGAUGGGCCCUGGGGGGUUGGCACCCCUCGGAUGGAACGCAAGAGAAGCAUCAGCGCCCAGCAGCGGUUGGUGUCAGAGUUGAUCUCCUGUGAGCAAGAGUAUGUAACAGUAUUGGGUGAACCAGUGCCACCAACAGGGUCCGAGCUGACAGGAGAGCUUCGGGCUGACUGGACGGCAGUCCUGGCUGCUCGGGAGAGACUCCGAAACUUCCAUCGGGUGCAUUUCCUUCGGGAGCUGCAAGGCUGUGCUGCCCACCCUCUUCGAGUUGGGGCUUGUUUCCUGAGGCAUAGGGACCAGUUCAAUCUGUACGCUCAGUAUUUGAAACAUCGGCACAAACUAGAAGCUGGCCUGGCUGCACUCAACACCCCAAACAAAGGUUCCACAGAAAGUGGCUCCUACCUGCCCAGAUUUGUACAGCAACCCCUGGAACAGUUAGCUCGAUAUGGGAAACUCUUGGAGGAGUUGCUGAAAGAGACAGGGACUGAGUUGAGCUCUGAACGUCAAGCUCUGGCAGCUGCUCUGCAGCUGCUGAGGGACCAAGAGGACAGAGGCCGGGACCUGCUGGCUGUGGAGGCCAUUCGUGGCUGUGAGUUGGAUCUGAAGGAGCAGGGGCAGCUGCUACACCGAGAUCCUUUCACUGUCUUCUGUGGGAGGAGAAAAUGCCUGCGCCAUGUCUUCCUCUUUGAACAUCUCCUCCUCUUUAGUAAACUCAAGAGCCCUGAAGGUGGACCUGAGAUUUUUGUUUACAAGCAGGCCUUUAAGACUGCAGACAUGGGGCUGACAGAGAACAUUGGGGACAGCGGGCUCUGCUUUGAGCUGUGGUUCCGAAGACGGCGUUCCCGGGAAGCAUACACACUUCAGGCCACCUCAUCUGAGAUUAAACACAAAUGGACAAGCUCCAUUGCCCAGCUACUUUGGAGACAGGCAGCCCACAACAAGGAACUUCGAGUGCAACAGAUGGUAUCCAUGGGCAUUGGAAACAAACCCUUUUUGGACAUCAAAGCCCUUGGGGAGAGGACCCUGAGUGCCUUGCUCACAGGGAGAGCUGCUCGAACCCGGGCCUCCGUGGCUGUCUCUUCUUUCGAGCAUGUCGGCCCCUCCCUACCCUGCCUCUCCCCCGGAGCCUGCUCCCUGCCGGCCCGCGUCGAGGAGGAGGCCUGGGACCUGGACAUCAAGCAGAUCUCCCUGGCACCUGAAUCACCGGACUCUUCUGGCGAAGUGUCCCCGAGAGCAAGAAGCAGCCCCAGCCUACAGCACUCCAACCUUAGGAGCAGCACCCCUCUUCUGCCUGGUGGAGGGAUCUUGGGGUUUGCCCGCCCGAGCCAUACUCGAGCCCCAAGUGAUCCCACCACUCCUCUGUGACCCUGGAGCUCUGGGAGUAGGUCCAGAAUGCAACAGGAGCACCACCUUUGAAGGACAUUUUGGGUUGGGGUGGAGGCAUAAUAUAGGCAUGAGAGAAUGUCAUGCUUCUUCCUUUCAUUUUUAUUUUCUGGGAAAGAGGGGUCAAGGGACCAGUGCAUUAUUAUACUGCUCCCCCCUACCCCUUGCUCUUCCUAGCUUGGUGCCUUUGCCUGCGGGACCCAAGGUGACUACAUCUGCUCAUCAGUGAAACCCUGAAAUAGGAGCAAUUAUCCCUCUUCCCUUUCUUCCUUAAUCCUAACCCAUCCUCUAGAAAAUAUAUCACUGCACAUGCCCAGUACUCCUCUACCCACAACUUUUUAUUUCUCUUCCAUCCCUUACUCCUCCCUAAAGGAAAUCAUCUCUUCGGGGCAAACUGGAGUAUUAUGGGAAAUGGACCAUCACAGGAGACAGAACUAUGCAAAUUGUUGUGGGAGGAAAGGGUUGGGGAACCUGAAAGUAUCUUCUAUGUAAUUAUGUUAUUAUAAUUACUAUUGCCAUAUUAAAUGUAUUUACUGGAGUCAUCUCCUGGAAACAGGAAA